GCGGGCGGCGCGGACAGCCGGAGCCAGACGUCCGCUCCCGCCGCCAUGGUCAUCAAGACGGACGAGUUGCCGGCGGCCGCCCCGGCCGACAGCGCGCGGGAGCCCAGCUCGCAGGCCGGUGGCAAAGGGCGGCCCGGCGCGGCCGAGCUGCCAUCAGUCAUGCUACUUAAUGGGGAUUGCUCCGAGAGCCUGAAGAAAGAGGAGGGAACCAUUGAAGCACCCCGGGAAAAUGGGCUGGAUGAGACGGAUGCCGGAGAGGAGGCUGCUGGACAGGAAGUCAUUGUCAUUCAGGACACUGGCUUUUCUGUGAAGAUCUUGGCUCCUGGCAUCGAGCCCUUCUCCCUGCAGGUGUCCCCCCAGGAGAUGGUACAGGAGAUCCACCAGGUGCUAAUGGAUCGUGAAGACACGUGUCACCGCACCUGCUUCUCUCUGCACUUGGAUGGCAACAUGCUGGACCAUUUUUCAGAGCUGCGCAGUGUAGAGGGGCUACAGGAGGGCUCGGUGCUACGUGUAGUGGAAGAGCCGUACACAGUGCGAGAGGCCCGCAUCCAUGUGCGCCACGUCCGUGACCUGCUCAAGAGCCUGGAUCCAUCUGAUGCCUUCAAUGGAGUUGACUGCAACUCCUUGUCCUUCCUGAGUGUCUUUACCGAUGGUGACCUCGGAGACAGCGGGAAGCGGAAGAAGGGCUUGGAGAUGGAUCCCAUUGAUUGCACACCACCUGAGUACAUCCUUCCUGGGAGCCGGGAGCGACCGCUGUGUCCCCUGCAGCCCCAGAACCGAGACUGGAAGCCCCUGCAGUGCCUGAAAGUGCUCACCAUGAGUGGCUGGAACCCACCCCCUGGGAACCGCAAGAUGCAUGGCGACCUCAUGUACCUGUUUGUGAUCACGGCUGAGGACCGGCAAAUCAGCAUCACAGCCUCCACGAGGGGCUUUUACCUGAACCAGUCCACUGCGUAUCACUUCAACCCCAAGCCUGCCAGUCCUCGCUUCCUCAGCCAUUCCCUUGUGGAGCUGCUCAACCAAAUCAGCCCCACAUUUAAAAAAAACUUCGCUGUGCUGCAGAAGAAAAGGGUCCAGCGCCACCCGUUUGAGAGAAUCGCCACCCCGUUCCAGGUGUAUAGCUGGACAGCUCCCCAGGCAGAGCAUGCCAUGGAUUGUGUGCGCGCCGAGGACGCCUACACUUCCCGCUUGGGCUACGAGGAGCACAUUCCCGGACAGACCCGGGACUGGAAUGAGGAGUUGCAGACGACAAGGGAGCUGCCCCGCAAGAACCUACCUGAGCGGUUGCUUCGAGAAAGAGCCAUAUUCAAGGUGCACAGUGACUUCACUGCAGCGGCCACCCGGGGUGCCAUGGCAGUCAUUGACGGCAAUGUGAUGGCCAUUAACCCGAGCGAGGAGACCAAGAUGCAGAUGUUCAUCUGGAACAACAUCUUCUUUAGCCUGGGCUUUGAUGUCCGUGACCACUACAAGGACUUUGGUGGGGACGUGGCGGCCUACGUGGCGCCCAGCAAUGACCUCAAUGGCGUGCGCACGUACAAUGCUGUGGAUGUUGAGGGGCUUUACACGCUGGGCACAGUAGUGGUAGACUAUCGUGGCUACCGGGUCACCGCCCAGUCCAUCAUCCCGGGCAUCCUGGAGCGGGACCAGGAGCAGAGUGUCAUCUACGGUUCCAUUGACUUUGGCAAGACUGUGGUGACACACCCAAGAUACUUGGAAUUGCUGGAACGUACCAGCCGGCCCCUCAAGAUUCUGAGACACCGGGUGCUCAAUGACCGUGAUGAGGAGGUGGAACUCUGCUCAUCAGUGGAGUGCAAGGGCAUCAUUGGGAAUGACGGGCGCCACUACAUCCUGGAUCUGCUUCGAACCUUCCCACCUGACCUCAACUUCCUGCCUGUGCCUGAGGAGACGCUGCCGGAGGAGUGCACGCGUGCUGGCUUCCCCCGUGCCCACCGCCACAAGCUCUGCUGCCUCCGCCAGGAGCUGGUGGAUGCCUUUGUAGAGCAUCGGUACCUCCUCUUCAUGAAGCUUGCUGCCCUGCAGCUGAUGCAGCAGAAAGCCAGCAAGAUGGAACAUCCCACCUCUCUAGAAAAUGGAGAAACUCCCUCAGAAUCCAAGUCUGAAGAUCCUCCAGGCCCUGAGGCGGGGAGUGAGAAGGAGGGUAGCAGUGCCAGUGGGCUGGCCAAGGUGAAGGAGCUGGCAGAGACCAUUGCUUCUGACGACGGGACAGCAGACCCCCGGAGCAGGGAGGCGAUCCGUAAUGCCUGUAAGGCCGUAGGCUCCAUCAGCAGCACGGCCUUCGACGUCCGCUUCAAUCCCGACAUCUUCUCGCCAGGGGUUCGCUUCCCUGAAUCCUGCCAGGAUGAAGUUCGGGACCAGAAGCAGUUGCUAAAAGAUGCUGCUGCUUUCCUGCUCUCCUGCCAGAUCCCUGGCUUGGUGAAGGACUGCACAGACCACGCGGUGCUGCCCAUGGAUGGUGCCACGCUUGCUGAAGUGAUGCGCCAGCGGGGCAUCAACAUGCGCUACCUGGGCAAGGUGUUGGACCUGGUGGUUCAGAGCCCGGCCCGAGACCAGCUGGACCACAUCUAUAAAAUUGGCAUUGGAGAACUCAUCACCCGCUCUGCCAAGCACAUCUUCAAGACCUACUUACAGGGUGUGGAGCUCUCUGGUCUCUCUGCUGCCAUCAGCCACUUCCUUAAUUGUUUCCUGAGCUCCUACCCCAACCCUGUGGCCCACCUGCCAGCUGAUGAGCUGGUUUCUAAGAAGAGGAACCGGAGGAGGAGAAACCGGCCACUGGGUGCAGCAGAUAACACGGCCUGGGCGGUGAUGACCCCUCAGGAACUCUGGAAAAACAUCUGCCAAGAGGCCAAGAACUACUUUGACUUCAGUCUGGAGUGCGAGAGUGUGGACCAGGCUGUGGAGACAUACGGCCUGCAGAAGAUCACACUGCUGCGGGAGAUCUCUCUGAAAACCGGCAUUCAGGUUCUGUUGAAGGAGUACAGCUUUGACAGCCGCCACAAACCUGCCUUCACCGAGGAGGACGUGCUCAACAUCUUCCCUGUAGUCAAGCACGUCAACCCCAAGGCCUCGGACGCCUUCCACUUCUUCCAGAGCGGGCAGGCCAAAGUACAGCAGGGCUUCCUGAAGGAGGGCUGCGAGCUCAUCAAUGAGGCUCUGAACCUGUUUAACAAUGUGUAUGGAGCCAUGCACGUGGAGAUCUGCGCCUGCCUGCGUCUCCUUGCCCGUCUCCACUACAUUAUGGGUGACUAUGCCGAGGCCCUGAGUAACCAGCAGAAGGCAGUGCUGAUGAGUGAGCGAGUGAUGGGCAUCGAGCACCCCAACACUAUCCAGGAGUAUAUGCACCUGGCCCUGUACUGCUUCGCCAGCAGCCAGCUGUCUACAGCUCUAAGCCUGCUGUAUCGCGCCCGCUACCUCACCCUGCUCGUCUUCGGGGAAGACCACCCCGAGAUGGCGCUGUUGGACAACAACAUCGGGCUGGUGCUACACGGGGUGAUGGAGUAUGACCUGUCAUUGCGCUUCCUGGAGAAUGCACUGGCAGUCAGCACCAAGUACCAUGGACCCAAGUCCCUCAAAGUGGCCCUCAGCCACCACCUUGUUGCCCGGGUCUAUGAAAGCAAAGCUGAGUUUCGGUCUGCCCUGCAGCAUGAGAAGGAAGGCUACACCAUUUACAAGACCCAGCUGGGCGAGGACCACGAGAAGACCAAGGAGAGCUCCGAGUACCUCAAGUGCCUGACCCAGCAGGCUGUGGCCCUGCAGCGCACCAUGAAUGAGAUCUACCGCAACGGCUCCAGCGCCAAUAUCCCGCCCCUCAAGUUCACAGCCCCCAGCAUGGCCAGUGUCUUGGAACAGCUCAACGUCAUCAAUGGCAUCCUCUUCAUUCCUCUCAGCCAAAAAGAUUUGGAGAAUCUGAAAGCCGAGAUGGCGCAGCGGCACCAGCUCCAGGAGGCCAGCAAGAACAGGGAUAAGGCUGAGGAACCCCUGGCCACCGAGCCUGAACCAGCAGGUGCCCCAGAGGAUAGAGGCACUCAGACUGGGGCUGCUAAGGACCCUUCUUCCCUGAGCUUGCAGGGGUAGGAAGGUGACAAAUGGACAAUCAGUCAGCUGCCCUAUUACCCAGUGAUUCAGACUCCAGGAGAAGGAGCCUGCCCUACAGAUCGGGAGAGGAACAAGUCCUCUUCCACGUUUCCAACCCCAACCCCAAACCCCAGCAUCCUUCUGGGAUCCCGGCCUGGCCUGCCUGUCCCCCAAAAGAUGUUUUUGCACUGGUUCAAUGAAUAUACGAUACAGAGGCCUCA